UUAAUGCAAAACCUGAACUUAAAUUACACGGCACGUUUUUCUGGCGUUGUUUGUAUUCCGGCAUAAAUGUUAAAUAUCGAAAUUUAUGUUUAUUUUCAAUAUUUCACUUAGAAUGUCAUAAAACCUAUUUAAUUUUAUGAGUGUAACUUUGAUUUUUUUUCCAAAAUUGUGCUUAAUUAGCUAAAAAAAUCACGUCAGCACACAGGGGCUUCAGGGGACGACGAUAAUGGCUGAACAACCUCGAAAUUGUAGAGAUGGGUGGCCGACUCUAAAUGAAAGAAAAUGCAUAUGAAUUGACAAACUUUAAUCGAACAUCGUGUAGCUUUAGCUUUAUAAAUUUUAAUUACAAAUAAACAUGUAGCCGUGAAUUUGAUAAUAUCACGAUGUUCGCAAUAGCAGGUUCCACAUUCCCAUGACACCAAUUGUUUAAUCAACAUACAUGGACAAAACAUAGUGCCGCCUUCAUAACCCAAAAAUAUAAACAAUCACAAUGGCUUCACAAUCUAACACUGCAGGACCGAAGCCGAGCCAAAUGUUCCACAUCCCGAAGGCCACUACUAUAGAUAAAAUUGGCGGGAUCCACUGUCACAUAUGUAAAUUAACUUUCGGUAAAAAAAAAGAAUAUGACGAACAUUACGUGGGGCACAAUACAGGAGAGAAAGAAACAGUUUAUACUUGUGUCAUAUGCCAUAAGCAGAUAGCUGGCUACCGGAGUUUCCAGGGGCAUUGUUACCUCAAACAUGUUGUCAAAGACAGAUUUACAUGCAAUGACUGCUAUAGAAUGUAUUCAAAACAAAGCUUGUUGCUGAAACAUAUUGCAUCUAUGCAUACAUUCAUAUGCAAAAUAUGUAAGCAAAGUUUCACCUCAAAAAACGAACUUCUCAUUCACAAUAUCAUCCACAAAUCUGAGAAAAACAAAGCACCUUUUCCAUGCAUGACAUGUGGCAAGUAUAUAGAUACAGCAGAUAUGUGUGAAUUGCAUAUCGAUGAGGCCAGUUCGUUUACAUUUCCGUGUCCAGUGUGCGAAGAAUCAUUUCCGAAUCGACCGGAGAUCCUGAAACAUUUAACCAAGCAUUUUGAUGAUGAAAUAGAAAUCAAUACUGAUACGAAAGUGUUGAUUGAAGAUUGCUCCGUAAACAUGGUCGGUGUAUACUGCUGCUUCUGUGAGGAAACUUUUAACAAUCGCAUCGAAUAUGAUUUGCAUUACGAGACUGAGCAUAGCGACAAGGAACUUGUUUACACAUGUACAAUAUGCAAGAAGCAAUAUAAUAAAUAUGCAUUGUUUGGCAAUCACUGUCAUUUCCAUAUUUCCAAGAACAGAUUCGAGUGUUCGGAGUGUGGCAAGCUGUUCCCGCGGCUGUCGCUGCUGGUGCUGCACCGCGCGGCGCACGGGCCCGGCCACGACCCCGAGCGGCCCUUCCCCUGCUCGCACUGCGACUGCACCUUCUCCACGCUGCAGCGCCUCACCGAGCACCACCGCCGCGAGCACCCGCACCGAGACAUCCGCUGCCACAGACCAGGCUGCGACCUCACAUUCGAAUCGUUCAAAGAUCUGAUCCUCCACUACCCGAGUCACAGCGACGAAUAUUGCUGUCGUCAGUGCGGUCUUCAGUUCAGCACCCUCUCCUCCUGCGAGAAGCAUCUAAACGUUCACGCCAUCAAGCAUUACUCCUGCCCUGUCUGUAACCAAAGAUACCAGCACAAGUACCAACUUAUCAAGCACAUACCUCAACACUUUGAAACUGUCUUCCAUGUUUGCACAACAUGCGGGAAGUCUUACAACGCUAAAUCGAGGCUCAUACAGCACGCGAAAACUCAUACGUUAAGGCAGUUCAAAUGCACUUAUUGCAGAAAAGCAUUCCUCAAAGAUUAUGAUCUACAGCAACACGUGAAUAUUCAUAUUGGUUUACUUCCCUACAAGUGUUCGUUAUGCCCCAAAGCAUUCGCUAGUUAUUCGAAUCACUACAAACACAUGCUUCGCGUGCACAAUGUCCAACCAAAAUCUAAAUCGAAUCUACAAAAAAAUAUCAAAGAUCCAUCCAAGAAAGAAUGCCAUGACAAAGAUACGAAUGAAGAAAAACAAUCUGUAGUUGAUCAAAAGCCGUUAGAGCAAACCAUAAUGGAUACGGAUGAUAGUACAGUAGAGAGUAUUGAUCCCAUCGCUCUUGAGAAGGAAUUGCAGAUGUUCAAUGAGACCAACAACGGGGACACUGUUGAUGGACCCCAACUUGCCGACAUCCAGCCCGACAAUAGUGCUGUAGCUGUCUUUGAUUUCCAAUCAAACAAUUCAACAUUCCAAACGUCCAUGGUCCCUCCGGAGUAUGGCCCCGACUUUGUGAACAAGGCCAUCGAGAGCUCAGCGUUCAGCGGUGACUACAUAGACCUGGAUGACCACCUCAUGCCCCACAUUGACCCACUGUUGACCAUCAAGCACGAACUGUUGUCCCGGCCCGCCUGGGAGCCGCCCAUCAUUACCACACUGUACCCGCCUUACUAUGAAGACGUCGCAGACUCCAGCAGGCUUUCCAUCAUGAACACUGACAUAUACUAAUGCAGUAUGUUUGGUGAGCACCAAAAUAUUGCUACAUUUUAUAUUUGCACCCAUUAAAUUGUAUUUUCAGAAGAUUUCAUAGUUAUAAUAAAUAAAUUAAAAAUAUUUUACGGUUUAUGGUUACUACUACCUAUUACUACAGCUUGAGUGUAGACCGGACAUCAACCGAACAAAUGAGAAUGAAUUAAACCGUAAAAUUGUUUUUUUUUUUAAUAAUUUGUUAACUUUACAUUAUUCAUUAUUGUUGUCUCUCUAUUUAUAGAUUGUAAUAAUUGAUUGUUGAUUAAGAGCAUUUGUGCUAACCAUAGUAAUGAGCGGGGGACCACUCCUGUGUACUUGACAAGCUAACCAUUUAUACCUCUAAGACGAUUUUUCAGUCUUCAGUUCAGUUGAUAAACAGUAGUUAUUAUUUAUCACAGAUUUCAAAUGUUUCUUUUUUAUUUUCAUUCAGAAAACAAUCUGAUUGUCUGUGGUUUUUCAUUUAAAGACAGGUUUUGUUUAGGCAAAUUAACACAAAGUUAAAGAUGUUGUAGAUAUAGUAGGUUGAUCGACUUUUUUUUAGUAUUGCCAAUUAAAAUCUGAUGUUUGAGUCUGAGGAUUGGAAAAUCGACUACAAAUGUUAAAGGUUCAUAGUAUUUCUAAUGGCCAAAUGAUAUUCGCAUCCAAUAAUAUUGUUAUAUAUAAAUUUGUAGUCGUCGUGGCCUAACGGAUAAGACGUCCGGUGCAUUCGUGUUGAGCGAUGCACCGGUGUUCGAAUCCCGCAGGCGGGUACCAAUUUUUCAAAUGAAAUACGUACUCAACAAAUGUUCACGAUUGACUUCCACGGUGAAGGAAUAACAUCGUGUAAUAAAAAUGAAACCCGCAAAAUUAUAAUUUGCGUAAUUACUGGUGGUAGGACCUCUUGUGAGUCCGCGCGGGUGGGUACCACCACCCUGCCUAUUUCUGCCGUGAAGCAGUAAUGCGUUUCGGUUUGAAGGGUGGGGCAGCCGUCGUUACUAUACUUGAGACCUUAGAACUUGUAUCUCAAGGUGGGUGGCGCAUUUACGUUGUGGAUGUCUAUGGGCUCCAGUAACCACUUAACAUCAGGUGGGCUGUGAGCUCGUCCACCCAUCUAAGCAAUAAAAAAAAAAAAAAAAAAAAAAAAAAAAUAUAUAUUUACGAUAUUAAAAUGGAUAUGUACUUGUUAUUUAUAAAUAUUUAAGUAAAAGAGAAUAUAUACAUUUUCUAUAUAUACAGUAUUUACACAAAUGAUACAUAGUAUAAAUAAAAAUAUCAUUUGGUCCAAUUUAAUAGCUACCUCAAAUGAAUAAAUAUAUUUACACAAUACCUCAGUAAUCCAUAGGAAAUAUAUUUUAAUGUUGAUAAAAGUACAUUUUAUAAUAUAGAACCCACCAAAUGAUAGUGUGUUAAUGUUUUGUAAUCAUAUACAUAACCACGCUACCUCAUGUUAGUAUAAGUCGCUAAAGUAAUUCAUUAUAAAGUAUUAACUCUUUGUUUCACAAGGUGAUCUGCGAAUUAAACGUCAAAUAAAGCAUUUGAUAUUUUAGAAAUGUUAUAAUAUUUUGUUCGGUUAAUACUGCAGGGGUAUAAACACAUUCUGUGUUGCCAAGAUCACACGAAACCUGUGAAAUAAAGGGUUGACGCACAUGAAGAAACAUUACCUAAUAGCUGUAGAGUCGUAGUGCCAUUUAAACUUAAUUUUGGCAUCCUUAUUAAUACCGAGUGCGAAUAACCGAUUUUCGUAUUGGACAUAACGGGAACGGAUGUGACGUGCUAUCGAGUACUUGGUGUUAUCGAUUCGUUUUGACGGUUACGAUUUCUUUUCCACUUUAAAUUGCGAGCACGUGUAAAAGACAUGUUUUGUCAUUUUCGAUUUUCGUUAUUUGAUUUUACUUUCUACUUUUUUUUUUUCGAUCCAAAGUCUUAGGCUAUAGGCGACGAACAAAAUUGUUUGCUUUUGUAUAUAAGUUACUUGCACUUUUAAAUAAUCGCAUUUCGCUUGCUUUUUCUCGGGGCCAUCGUCGAUACGAAUACGACGACAUUGCUGGGAACGUUGCUGGCAACACUUAAUUUCGUCUCGACUGGAGCACGAUGCGACCGUAAACGUAUUUGUGCGAACAUCGAUACUAGAUCACGUUGUAGUGUCGUGACCCGCUGUUUUUAUUCACAAACUAUCGACGUUCCUGCUACGGAGUGACGUCCGCAAUAUCGAUAUUUACAAAUUAACUUCAAACAGCCCACACGUCACAGCAAUGUCAGCGUUUUGAUGCAUUUGAAAAAAAAAUCGAUUCCUUUUUAUUCUUAUAAUAUUUUUUUUAAUUUUUUUUUUUAUAAAUAAUCUCGAUGCAAAGCAUCUAGAUGUUUAGCGUAAGUGAAUCGAUAGUGCUGUGAUAUUUUUAAUGUAAAUUAGUUUUAUAAGAGUGAUGAUUGUAAUGUAAAGAUUGUGUACAAACCGUUGUUAUUUGAUAUGAUAAUAAUGUUCAGGGAUUCAACCGGAAUUAUCGUCCCGGUACGUUAUAGUUUUGACAAGUUUAUUGUCAAUACUCGUCGGUGUGCACUCACCGCCCGGGACGGACACCCAGUGACAAGGAAAUAGGAUAAGCAAUCCGCUGCGGCCUUCCGGACCUUCCGGGACGCCUCGACCGCCGCGUGCACGUGCGCACUCGGGCGUGCACGUGUGCCACUUAAACACGGAUGCGAAAGUUCAUUAGCAGAUCGAUGAGCUUUCAAACUCUGCUUAUGAAGGGCCGCAGCGACAAACGAGUCUUUAAAUGCAAAAUACCACCGUUGGUGUGACCGCCGAGACGUAUGUAACGACAACAAAAAAGAAAAAAAAAAGAAUUUCAAAAACGAUAGAAAGAUGUUUUUGUCUCCGAAAUAUAUUUUGGGGAGAAGUAUUUACAAGUAUGAAGAGAGCUGUCUUAGUGAUAAAAGUAUCCAAAGACUGUUAGGUAUUUUAUAAAGUUCUUUGAACUUGAAAUUUGACUUAUAAGUCGGGGAUAUAAAAAUAAAAAAAAGAUAUGCGGAUGGCGAUUUUAACGAACGAAUAAAUUAAUGAAAUAGAUAUUCAAACGUAGCUAACGGACGAACUUUACGAGCUUUGACACGACUACGACGCAGGAAUGUCUCCGACGGACGCGGACGGCUCGCCCCCCGCGGGACCCGCCCCCGCGGCGCCCACACGGAGCGCUGGAGUCACGAGCCUCCAUGCUUUUGAAAUUACAAAAUUUUCUAAUGUUUUCACGGCUCAACUAAUUAUAGAGGGAUUUUAGUAUUCAUGUAGAGAUGAACGAGUAUCGAUUGAUUUCCUCCCGAUUGGAUAUCGAUUCAUUCACGAUUGCGGAAACUGGACGUCUCGCGUAUUUAUUUGAGCGGUGAAAAACACACACGAUAACAACACGCUAGAUUGGUUCCUCCUUUCGAAAAUUAUGCGGUAGCCGAUUCAAUUGAAUCCGAUGUAUCGAUGGAAGACAAUGCCGAUUAUAUGAUAUUAAUCGACGAGUAAUUGAACGUGAUUGUUCGGCAUUAGAGGCUACCGCUUUUAAAAGCUGUCGAUCGAGUGCGAGCUUGCGACAGUACAUAGUAAUUAUAUAGCAUUAAAUACAAUUUAAUAUGUGUUGUGGUCCUCAGUAGAGGCUUUCAUUGUUUCAAUAUAAAUAGUAAUUAUUCGAUACAUUCUCUAAUCAUUAAAAAAAUAUAUACCAAUUUUUAAAUUUCGUUGCAAAGGGAACAACGCAGGUUUUCAUAUUCAUUAAACUACAAACAGUUUAAAUAAUUAAAUGAUGCAACUGUAUCGAUACUGGUUUGUUAUUAGAAAUUAACGACCCGAAUCGAAGUAUCGACAUGCCUGUAAACGUGGACAAGCUUGUAUCGAUUUUAUAACAUCGAUGUUCGAAGAAGCGAAUGAAAAUAUUUCCAUUGCUCCUUUUGCGACCGUAUGUGUCCCUAGCUUUUAGGCGUUAGAAGUGUGUUGAACCCCGCGUUAUCUCACUUAUGUGAAUGAUUCCGAAUUUGUGUUCUCACACGAACACAUAUCGACGAGUGAAAGGAAAUUUCGCUUAACACGCGACAUUUAUCUUGGUAAUUAAAAGUGCGUUAUAUUUCGUGUUAGUAUCAACAGUUCGAUAUUUUUAAUUGAACUUCAGUUUAAGUUUCAAAUAGUUGGAGAUUUUUUUUCUUAUGAUAUUUUUUCCAAAUUUUAAAUAUUACACGGCUGUCCUGUUGCAAAAAUUUCGCUUAAAUCAAAUAACUUCACCCGUCGAUAUGCUAGAGAUCCAUUUAGACAGAUCUCCAUAGAGAUAACUUGAAAGUACGUAGGUACUAACUCGAGCGAUUUACAUAAGGGGUUAAACACACGUUAGGUUAGAUUCGAACACAGGGUAUUGUGGUUCUAUUUUAAUGGAAGUGUUAUUUGAUAACUGAUAUGUAAGCUAUAUAAAGCAUCUGAUAUCUGACGAUUGCAUAAUACUACCCCAAUACCCGUAAAGUGUACAAAUAAAAAUAAUAAAAGAGAAAUUUAGAUCAACUUUAAUUCUGUCUGUUUUUUAAAAUAAGUAUUUACGACCGGGUUUCGAAGCUUAAAAAUGUUUGUUCGUUUAAAACGUUUAUUACAGAAGGGACGCGAGAGAUUCGAACGGAAAAAAAAACUACAAAGAAAAUGAAUGUCGUUCUAGGCCCGGUCCGCGUUAUUUGUACUAAGCUAAAUAAAUUCAUUACCAAAAUUCGUUUAGUGAAUAUUGCAUAAUAAAAUUUAAUGAAUGUUAGUGUUUACUUUGAAGUUAGUCGGACGUGGACGCUUACAGUAUUGUGUCAAAUUUAUAUAAGUACAAAAUCGAUUCUCCUGUCAAUCGAUUUAAUGUCGAUAAGUUGUAAUUUUUCGUCACAUCUCUUUUUUGUUUUUAAAUUAAUUAGGCUUAUUUCUAGUUAUACACAAACCGAUUCGUUAGAAUAAUUUUGUCAGAUGAAAUGUGGAUUUAUCAAUUAUUUCAGUAAAAUUAGAUGUCUAAAAUAGUUUUGUCUAGAAGAGGCCUAAAACUGUUGUUUAUUAAAAGUCUCCUUGUAAAAUACUUUUAAUAGAAAUCAAGGUCCGGGUGAUCUUUUGUUACGAUAAAUAUCGUUUGCUUUAAAGUUUCCGAGAUUUGAUAUAAGAAUAAAUAUAUUUAAGGAGAAGCAAUUGCAUUUUGCACGCUUCAAGCUUCUUCAAUUGUGUAUAUCCUAGGCCGUUACGUUUGUACGUAUGCAUAUUAAUGUCCCGUUAACUUAGAUUUUUGGGAUUCAUUUUCUUUUAAUAUCCGUUAAUUAAGGAAGUUGUUUUUGUAAGCGUAAUAGUAAUAGUUUAAGGUUUGUAAACUUCACAGGGAGAUGUACGGCUAAUCAAAAUUCACACAAUCGAAACCCUACGAAACUUUCACACGUCGAUUUCCUAAAAACGAUAUUUAAAAAGAUACGCCUCAGAAUGCGUACUCGAAAUGUGAUAUCAAUUUUGAUUCAUUGGAAAUAUGUUUUCGGGAAUCUUGUUUUUAGCGUGCUAAUCUGUGGGCUUAGUGCGAGUCUUUUAACGUUCUCGAUAGCGUAAAAGUUAACUCAAUUUUGCUGGAAUGUUUGUCUGCGUUUGCCGCUAGGGGCGCUGUUCCAACUGCAUACAAAUUUUUGUUAACUUUUACGUUAUCGAGAACGUUAGAUAGUGUUUGCGUUUCGACGGUAGAUGUCGCGUCGUCUCCCGUGAAGUUCAGUUGUUAGUAAAUGUACCGAACUACCUCUGCAUGCCUCCUGGGACGACAGUAAACUAAUUAUAGUGUUUGUUAUUAUUGCUAUGUAACUUUUACACAUAUAUACUACUACUACUACUACUACUACAUAUGUUUAUUAUAAAUGAAUAGUUAAAAAAAAAAACAUGCUAAUUUUAAGUAAAAAAAUAGUUGAAGUAAAUAGAGAAAAGAAAAAAGUGUAAGAGAAAAUUAGCGCGAGACAACAGUGUGCGCGUGUUUUCGGUUUUAUUGUAAUUCGCUAUUGAAACUCUGUUUGGUAUUUUGAGUCUAUACAUAAUAAACAAUCUGAUUAGUACGAA